GAUAGGAGAAACCCGCGGACAGAUUCAAACAGUGAUCAAGUAUUUCGGAACGAGACGUUUUCCAGCAUUCCAUUUACCUUUGAAUUACCUAUUCACCGAUAACAUGACUACUUAUUUGAAUUCUCGGGAACUUCACGACUUCCUUCAUACUUGGUUGAAUCAAGUUCCCAAAGGCAUGGCGUCGAGCUGGGCACUUGGUAAUCACGAUCAGGGUAGAAUUUCGUACAGAUUGAACGCAGAAUAUAAUUACAUCCUGUUGGCAUUAGUUACAAUGCUUCCUGGAGCAUGUCAAGUUUACUACGGAGAGGAGCUGAACAUGGGACGAAAUAAUUUGGUACGCGAAAAAGAUCCAUUCAACAGGGUGUUUCAUCGAACACCGAUGCAAUGGGACGAUUCCAGGAAUGCAGGUUUCUCUACUGGUGACAAGACAUGGUUACCAGUGCACCCGAAUUACUGGAAUACCAACGUUCAAAGCCAGGAACCCGAUCAAAACAGCAGUUUAAAUUAUUUCAAGGAUUUAAUGGCCAUUAGGAAAACACAGACCAUAAAGUAUGGCGAUUUGAAGUUCCACAUUAUGUCGGAUUGGGUGCUGGCAUUUUCUAGAACUUUCAAACAAACCAGUUACAUUAUUAUAAUGAAUUUGGGGUCGGAUACUCAACCCAUUGAUACGCUCGCUGAUUUUGAUCUUCUUCCAGAAAAUUUGAUUGUAGUGGCUUCUAGCUCCAAUUCUGGGUACAAUAAAGGGUAAGAAGUAGAAACUUUCAUUGAAAUGUUUUAUCUAAUGUGCUAAAAUAUAACAUGAUUUUCCAGUUUCAAGAUGAAAACUACCAGUCAAUACCCAUCAUCAUCAGUCCUCAGACCAAAUUCGGUUAUCAUAUUGAGUUCGAAAUAAAUCAUCGGAUGGAAAUUACUUUAGGUAUACCAUGUGUGUACUUUGAAGAAGAACAAAAACAACUUUCAAGAGAGACAAUAAUAUCGAGUGGUGAUGGCGCGA